UGAACUGUCUCCAGGUGACUUGAGCUCUGAGGAUAGAAUCAGAUGUAAAGUGACCAUCAGCUUCAGGCUGUUAGAAGGUUCAGCUGGGCUCCAGGUGAAUGUGACAGAGUGACAGGAUGGAGGAUCCAGACCACGCUACAGAUCAGCCUCUGAAGCGCAGCAGUAGCUAUGGAUUACUGCCACCUUUCAUGUCUGAGCUGAGGGUUGUUCUUCUGGGGAACAGCUGCUCUGAGAGGAGUUCAGUGGGGAACUUCAUCCUGGGAGAGAACACGUUCAACACUGAGGAAGAACCAGAACAUUGUCUAAGAGUCAGUGGACUGAUUAAAGACAAAGAAAUAGUUCUCAUCAAUACUCCAGAUCUGCUGCUCUCCAGCAUCUCUGAAGAUAAACUCAGAGAACAUGUAGGGACCUGUGUGAGACUCUCUGCUCCUGGACCUCAUGUGUUGCUGCUGGUUCUACAGCCUGAAGACUUCACUGAGGAACACAGACAGAGACUCUGCAGAGUCCUGGAACUCUUCAGUGAUCGAUCAUUUCAUCAUUCACUGGUUCUGAUAUCAUCACCCAGAGAGGAGAGAUCAGCUUCCAUUGAAGAACACAUGAAACAUCCACCUUUAGGAGACUUUAUCAAUGAAUGUAGAGCCACAUUGUUGCUGCAGGAGAAACCUGAUCACCAACAGCUGUUAUCAGUCAUAAAAAACGUAGUGAAGGAGAACAAUGGAGACCAUGUGAUAUGUGACGUGUUCAAAGAUGCAGCGUCUGGUUUACCUGCUGGUCAUCAAACAAGAGCAAACAUGGAUGAAGAACAAAGAGUCAGAGUCCACUCAGAUCCUGUUAAAGGCACUGCACAUCAACUCAGAGUAGUGGUGCUUGGAAGAAGCGACAACAUAAAAACAAAACUCGGAAACUUCAUUUCUGGAACAAAAGGGUUUCAUAUCCGCAAAAAUUCUGAAGGCAAACGAAUGCAGUGUGUGGCUGCCAGCGGUGACUGGAACAGGAAACCAUUAACAGUGGUUAAAACUCCAGAUGUCUUCAGUCUUCCUGUGGAAGCAUUUGUAGAAGAGAUGAAGAGCUGUGUGAGUCUCUGUCCUCCUGGACCAAAUGUUCUGCUGCUGUUAGUGAAGCCUUCUGAUUUCACUGAGAAGAACAGAAAAACUCUGAAGUUCAUCCUGAGUUUGUUUGGACGAGACGUCUUUAAAUAUUCAAUGGUGGUCAUCACACAUGAGGAUGAAACGAAUGUCUCUGUUAAUGAACUCCUUAGAGAUUGUGGAGGGAGACACUACAACAUGUUCAAAGAGGAUCGCAACCAACUGAUGGAGCAGAUUGAGAAGAUUGUUGAUGGAACCAGAGGAACCUUCCUCACCUUCACUGAAGAGACCAUCAAACCAAAGUUAAACCUGGUUCUGUGUGGGAGGAGAGGAGCAGAGAAGACUUCAGCAGUCAAGGCCAUUUUAGGUCAGACAGAGCUUCAUUCAGCCUCCAACUCAUCAGAGUGUGUUCAGAAUCAGGGAGAGGUGUGUGGACGUUGGGUUUCCCUGGUGGAGCUGCCUGCCUUGGAUGGAAAACCUCAGGAGGCAGUGAUGGAGGAAUCAUUGAGGUGUAUCUCCCUCUGUGAUCCUGAGGGCGUCCAUGCCUUCAUCCUGGUCCUACCUGUGGCUCCCCUCACUGAUGAAGACAAGGGAGAGUUAGAGAUCAUCCAGAACACAUUCAGCUCUCGAGUCAAUGAUUUCACCAUCAUUCUGUUCACUGUGGAGUCAGAUCCAAGUCAUCCAGCUCUUGUUAACUUUGUAGAAAGAGACAGAGACAUCCAGGAGAUCUGUCAACGUUUUGGAGGAAGAUCUUUUGUUCUCAACAUCAAGAACAAACAGCAGAUCCCACAACUGUUGGAGACUGUAGUAAAAGUCAGACUCUCCAAUGAUGAACCAAGCUGCUACACAACAGGAACAUUUGCUCAGGCUCAGAUGGAUAAAGUCUUACAACAACAGGAUGAACCUGAGAAGCUGAAAAAGACCAAAGUCUCCUCUGCAGGUGAUGAAGAGAAGCAGAGUCCAGAGUGUCUCAGGAUUGUGUUGAUAGGGAAGACUGGACAUGGAAAGAGUUCUUCAGGAAACACCAUUCUAGGAAGAGAAGAGUUUAAAACUGAAUCAAGUCAAACAUCAGUCACCAAACUUUGUCAGAAAGUUCAGGGUGAGAUGGACGGUCGUCCUGUUGUUGUAAUGGACACUCCUGGUCUGUUUGACUCAACUUUGUCCCAUGAAGACGUCAAUGAGGAGAUGGUGAAAUGUAUCAGUCUUCUGGCUCCAGGACCACAUGUCUUCCUGUUGGUGUUACAGAUUGGAAGAUUAACUCCAGAGGAGAAGGAGACACUGAAACUCAUCAAGGAAGCAUUUGGAAAGAAUUCAGAAAAGUUCACCAUCAUUCUUUUAACUGGAGGAGAUUUGUUGAAACAACAUAAACUGUCCAUUGAAGAAUACAUAGAAACAAAAUGUGAUGAUUCCUUUAAGAAGCUGAUCUCUGAGUGUGGAGGAAGAUACCAUGUGUUCAAUAACUUUGAUGAAAACAACCAGCAACAAGUCAGAGAGCUGAUAACAAAGAUUGACACCAUGGUGAAGGAAAAUGGAGGCAGCUGCUUCACCAAUGAGAUGCUGCAAGAGGCUGAAACAGCAAUAAAGAAAGAAAUGGAGAGGAACUUGAAGGAAAAGGAGGAAGAGAUGAAGAGAGAGAGAGAAGAACUAGAAAGGAAACAUGAGGAAGAAAAGGAAGAAAUGAAAAGAAGAAUGGAAAAAGAUAAGGAAGAAAUUGAACAAGAGAGAAAACUGAGAGCAGAGCAACUGAAAGAAAUGGAGGAAAAUAUAAAGAAGGAACGAAAAGAAAGAAAGAAAGAAAAGAAGAAGAGAGAAGAAGAAGAAAUGAAAAGAAAAAUACAGGAAGAAAGACAACAAUGGAUGUGGGAACGAGAAAGAGAAGUUACUGAGAAAAAAAUCAAGUUAGAAUCAGAAGAAAAGGAAAGGACUGAUAGAAAACUGGAGGAAAUGAGAAAAGAGAUGGAAGAAAAACGAGAUGCCUGGGAGAAAGAACGAAAAGAAUGGUGGGAGAAACGAAAACAAGAAGAUGAAAAGAGACGACAGGAGGAGAAAACAAGAAUGAACGAGAUGGAAGAAAUGAAAAAAAGUAUGGAACAACAGAGAGAAGAAAUUGAAAAAGAAAGAAAACUGAGAGAAAUUAAACUUAAAGAAAUGGAGGAAAAGAUCAAGAAGGAACAAGAGGAAAGACAAAGAGAACAAGAUGAGAGGGAAGAAGAAGAGAAGAAAAGGAAACAGCAGGAAGAAGAACAAGUACGAAUGUGGGAACGAGAACGAGAAGAUUUGGAGAAAAAAAUCAAGUCAGAAUCAAAAGAAAAGGAAACGAUUGAUAGAAAACUGGAGGAGAGCAGAAAAAAGAUGGAAGAAAAACGAGAUGCCUGGGAUGAAGAACGAAAAGAAUGGUGGGAGAAACGAAAACAAGAAGAUGAACAGAGACGACAGGAGGAGAAAACAAGAAUGAACGAGAUGGAAGAACUGAAAAAAAGUAUGGCACAACAGAGAGAAGAAAUUAUAAAAGAAAGAAAACUGAGAGAAAUGAAACUUAAAGAAAUGGAGGAAAUGUUAAACAAAGAACGAGCAAAAAGAGAAGAAGAAGAACAAAAAAGAAAACAGCAGGAAGAACAAGAACGACAGGAGUGGGAUAAAGAACGAGAAGAUUUGGAGAAAAAAAUCAAGUUAGAAUCAGAGAAAAAGGAAAAGAUUGAUAGAAAACUGGAGAAGAGCAGAAAAGAGAUGGAAGAAAAACGAGAUGCCUGGGAGAAAGAACGAAAAGAAUUAGAAGAGCAGAAGAAACGAUAUCAAGAAAAUGAACAGAGACGACAGGAGGAGAAAAGAAGAAUUGAAGAACUUGAAGAAAAGUACAAUCAGGAAAAAGAAGAACAUGAAAAGAAACAAAUAGAGGAUCAGAUCAGAAGAAAAGAGCAAGAGGAGAAAGAGAGAAAAGAUUUAGAAGAAAAACACAAACAAACUCUGAAGAAUCUGAAGAAGAAUUAUGAAGAUGACGCCAGAAAGAAAGCUGAAGAGUUCAAUGGAUUCAGAGAAAAGCAACGUCAGGAAUUAGCAGCUCAGAAGGAAGAGUUUGAGACACAAAAAAAUAUAUUAGUUAGAAGUGUGAAGAAGUACAAAGAUGACGCCAGAAAGAAAGCUAAAGAGUUCAAUGAAUUUGAAAAGGAACAUUUGAGGGAAUUAGCAGCUCAGAAAGAAGAGUCUGAGAAACGAGUGUAUGAAUUAAUGAGACGUGUGACCAACAACACAGAAAACUUGAAUAGAAUCAAGAAUUUGCUUAAAACUCAUGAACAACAAAUGAAGGAAGAGAAAAAUGAGGCUGAAAAGGAAAAUCUGCAGAAGUCACAGGAGAAAGAGUUGAAUAAUUUGAUCCAAAAGAUUCUGAAAGAAAAAGUUGAGAACACAUCAAGCUGCAGCAUUUCAUAAAGUCGUGUUCUUCUUUUGUCCAGAAUCCUUCAGACAUCAGGACCUUUAAAGACCAGAGUUACCUGUCGUCUUCUUCAUGUUCCUGUCUAGAUUAUUACGUCCUCACAGAACUCUGCUCUGAUAAUAAUAUUAAUGAACCAUCCACAUGGACACAGAGAUCUACUGCAGCACUUAUCACACCCACUUAAUUCAUGUUUUAAAGAAUCUGGGACUCAGUCAAAGCUGGUGUGAUGUUACUUUAAUGUCUUCAGGGUUUCUCAAUGUGUAUGAUCAUCUCCAGUAGAACAGUUAAAGAAGAACCAGAUGAAUGUUUAGGAACAAGUCAAAGUCCUGACCUUCAUCCAGUAGAAAUGUUGUAGCAUCAGUUGAUGAGAGGAAACCACCAACAUCUCACACUGACCUGGUUCUGAUCUGAUUAAUGGGAUCAAACUCCUCCAAGCUGCAGACAAACUCAUAGAUAUGUGCAUGAUACAUUUAUUUGGACAGUAAGGGUCAUAUUUCAGUUUCAUGUCUUUCACUGGGUUCUCUUUCUCUACUUUCAGGACUUGUGUGAAAUUCUGAUGAUGUUUUGAGUCAUUUUUAUGCAGAAAUAUAGAAAACAACCUUUAAGCUGCUCUGUACGUUACAGAUGACUGAUUUCUGCUGUUGGACAAUUUUUUUUUAUUCCAUUACAUCUGGACCAGUUAACUUUACUGUUGAUGAACUAAGGAGACGUUGUGUGUUGUUCAGUGUGACUCUUUAAAGGACUCAUGUUUAUUGAAGCUGUAUCUACCUGCUGAUCAAUGAGACCUUGUAGUUUUUACUCUUUGAAACUCUCUAAAUGGAGCUGAUCUUCAUUCUGGAUUUUCUCUCUUCAGGUUUGUUCAAAUCAACAUUUUAUGGUGGAAACAUUUGAGUUCUUUUCUUUCCUGUUUUAUCUCAGACGUGUUAAUGUUCAAAGAGUCGAUGCAGCCAGAUGCUGUUCAUCCUGCAGGAAACCUUCAUCUUCUGUUCUCUUUGAGUCUUUGUUUCUAAAAUCCAAAGACAUGAAUGAAGAGGAAGCAGCAGGACUUCAGCAGGAAGCUCUGGUUUUCUUUACAACAUGAUGGAGAAAUGAUGUUUGUGAUUUGAGUAAAAUAAAAUGUUCUGAAGUCACAACAUGAACUGAACUAUGAAACACAUGAACAUCUUUAACCUGAUGUGCAGAUAUCAGACUGUAGAGACAGAACACAUUUUCUUUUUUAUCCUGCUUUGAUUUAUUGAGUCUUUAUUUCUGAUUAUGUAAUGUAGAUGGAUUUCAGUGCAUGUAUUGAUCAUCCAGAUUUUUAUCUUGAUAUUUGAUCCAAAGAAACUUGUAACCAUGAGAUAAACUGUCGGAUGUGUCCUGAUAAAUAGAGUGACAUUAGAAACAUGUAGAACAUCUGUAUUUAGACGUCUUCUCUCCUUAACAUCUCCACAAUCUGUAGCUGAUAAAAACUGAUUUUACA